GCUCUCAUCCCACUAACGUUAUACAUGUGAAUUUUGCCUCAAAAAUGCCAAGUUACUUUCACCAAUAUCUAGCAAAGUGUUGAUGGUCCCUAACUUUGAUGACGCUAGCCCGGCAGCAACACAUUCACUACCUAGUCGUGCAAGCUUUGAAAGAGGCGAACGUCAAUUGAUCUUGAACUCAACCACAACAUGACGACCAAGCACGAAUUCUUUGUGGACAUGACAUGUGAGGGAUGCUCUGGGGCAGUCACCCGAGUCCUCAAUAAACUGGGUGGUGUCCAAUUUGAGAUCGACCUCCCCAACAAGAAGGUUUUCAUUGAGUCUGACAAGGACACGGACGUGCUUCUGGAAACACUUAAGAAGACUGGAAAGGCGGCUAACUACAUCGGCCCCAAGUGACGAUUCAUCCUCUUUUCUCUAUAGAACAGCUGUUGGUUGGUGCUGAUAUGAAGGAUGAUCAUGAGAAGAAAGAUCCCUGGCUGACAUGUCUUCAUGGACCACUGGAAUGAGCUUGUACUGCCAAGCUGUCCACUUUCAGUCAUUUAAGCACUAUUAUUGAUGUGUCCCAAAUGCCACUAUAAAGGCCCAGGUCCAAAGUAGGGCACUGUAUACGGAAUAGAGUACCCUCUUUUGGGAUGAAUCCACUGUGAAUAUCCAGUGUGAUUGAUGCGCAGGAUUAAAUAUAUCAUGUUAUCUAUAUGGGUUAACUUUACCGCAGGGAAAUGAAAGGAUGUAAAGAUCGCUGUCUCUGCUUUGUCUUAAUGAAAGCACCUAUUGUAAUUCACAUUGAUUUGGGGGGAACGGCAACCAUCUUGUAUUACGUUUUCCUUUCGCUGUCUGAAUAUUGUUCAUGUUUACCCACAUGUCAAAUAAAAAAAAAACGGUGAUUCUAGCUA